AUGGAAGACGAAUGUUGGGAGCAAAGAGUUACCGAGAGAGCAGUGGCACGUGAGCCAAGAGCAGGGGUCAGUUGGAAGAGUAAAAGAGCAACCACAACGAGACCCGGGAUUAGCUUAAGGCACGAUUGCCUAUGCAGGGACAACGCCGAUGCGUCGACACAACGAAAUAGAGCAAGACGUAGACGAUACAGAGUCGACGACAACAAUAUCUGUCGCCAGAACAACGCGAUUUACGAUCGACGUUUACAACGCCUACAACGGGCGAAAUCCCCGUCACCGAACAGUAUCGAGUUCCGCAUCAGAGGUGCGGACCAGACUCGUCACGGGGUAGGGUAUACGUCGUCGGAUCAGGAGGAGGAUGAUACACGACAGGAACCGUUAUCGCUCCAGAGCUUUGCACAAGAACAACAACGAGCUACGCAGAACCCACACGGCAGGGAAGCGCUAGACAUCCACCGAGAUAAUAUGGAGACGUCUCUCCAGGCACAACGUCAGGGACAACAAUUCGUGCAGAAUGCUAUGGGCGAUAGUCUGAUGGCACGUCGAAUGCUCGAACGCACUCCGUCGUCUAGCUCAACAGAUCACACCUCCUACUCCGGACAGUAUAGUGGCUUACCGCCAGGCCUUGCAUGCCCGGAGAAGAGCUAUGUAGUGCAGUGGAGAAGAACGAUUUGUGGUCAGAAUACAAGUACUUAG